GCGGGCAGCAUCAUGGCGGAGUUUAUGGAUUUGAACGUGAGCACGUGUGAGGAUCAGAGUCGCGUGCUCGGCCUCAUCAGCACCGCAGCGCAGCUUGGUUUCUCUACUGUCGCCCUGAACUACGAGUUUGAGCCGUCAGCCAAUAACAGAGCAGUCCCCUCCCCCACACCAACCAAUCAGCUCGUCCCACAGCUGCCCCUCGUACAGGGUCGCUCCCGGCCGAUCAGAGUGCUGAACAGACUGACCAUCGUGACAUCAGACCCGGGUCACUUUAGACCGAACGCUCCUGAGUAUCGCUGCUUCGACCUGCUGGCGGUCCGGCCCACCACGGAGAAGCUGUUCCACGCAGCAUGUAUGAUGUAUGAUGUCGACAUCAUCAGUGUUUCAGUAACAGAGAAACUCCCGUUCUUCUUCAAGAGAGCGCCGGUUAACGGGGCCACAGACAGAGGCGUGGUGUUCGAGCUGUCCUACGCUGCAGCGAUCAGAGACGCCACCAGGAGGCGCUACACCAUCAGUAACGCUGUCAGCCUGAUGGAGAGCUGCAGAGGAAGGAACGUGAUCCUGUCCAGCGCUGCAGAGAAGCCUCUGGAGCUCAGGGGUCCGUAUGACGUUGCCAACCUUGGUUUAUUGUUCGGUUUGUCAGACGGAGACGCGAAAGAAGCCGUUUCCUCCCGCUGCCGCUCAGUACUACUACACGCAGAAACCAGGAAGACGGCGAGCGGUGUCGUCCACACGGUGAAGAGUCCAGACACAGGUCCGGCAGCGAAGAAACGUCACCUGAUGGAGUGAUUGACAGCUGGGGGCGGAGCUUCAGAGUGAUUGACAGCUGGGGGCGGAGCUUCAGAGUGAUUGACAGCUGGGGGCGGAGCUUCAGAGUGAUUGACAGCUGGGGGCGGAGCUUCAGAGUGAUUGACAGCUGGGGGCGGAGCUUCAGAGUGAUUGACAGCUGGGGGCGGAGCUUCAGAGUGAUUUACAGCUGGGGCGGAGCUUCAGAGUGAUUGACAGCUGGGGGCGGGGCUUCAGAGACCAACAGGAAGUUGGAUGUUUUGAUUUCAGUGUAAAGGUUUUGUUUUCUAAAUAAAUGCUGAA